AUGCCAAACAUUGCCACCGAUUUGGUGACUCUUCUCAAACAGGACUUCAAGUUUUUGUUCCGAAAGAAGGAUCAGAUAAACAUCGAGAGUAAGAAGAAAAACGUGCGAUUUAUCGGAGAAUUAGUCAAAUUUGAUAUCUUCCCCAAAACUGAAGCACUCUUUUGCCUUAAAUUAUUAUUAACUGACUUUCGUCACCAUCACAUCGAAAUGACAUGUAAUUUGCUGGAGACGUGCGGCCGAUAUCUGUAUCGCUCUCCGGACUCUCAUUUGAGAUCAAAACUACUUUUAGAUCAGAUGAUGAGGAAGAAGGCUCUCUUGCCAUUCGACUCGAGAUAUAUAACAAACAUUGAAAACGCCUAUUAUUUCGCAAACCCUCCCGAAUCACAAGCCAUCACUCGCAUAGAGAGGCCUCCAAUGCAUGAAUACAUUCGUAAACUUCUUUACCACGACUUAAACAAAGCAAAUGUCGACAAAAUACUGCGACAAAUGCGAAAACUGAAUUGGGAUGACCCGGAGCUGUCCUCAUACACCGUCAGAUGCCUGACCGCCAUCUGGAACGUGAAGUUCUAUAACGUGCGGUGUGUGGCCAACCUGUUGGCCGGUCUGAACUCAUUCCAGGAGUGGGUGGCACCGCAAGUGAUC